UGUUUGACCGUCGAUCAAAGAAUUCAUUGGCGCCCGCAGUUGUUGGACCCAACAUGUCUACUCCUUUAUCGAGGAUUCCCUCGUCAAGUAUAAGAAACAGGCAACAAUUUACCAGACAAGCUAGUYCUUYACAUSCACGAGUAUCCUCUCCAUCACUACCUUCACCACUAGCCACAAAUAACAAASAAACACAGAGAUCGUCUCCAAGUAUUGGGCCGUCAUCCAAAAAGCAAUUUACRACACCCUUUAGAUCACCCAGUGGUAGUGUACCCAAUACAAAUCUCAGAGAGACAUCCGAUGGAUCUCCGAAUAAAAAACGAGCAAGAAUCAAUGGUCCCGAUGGCUACAAAAACGACUACCGUACAACAGAGAAUGUUAAGCCUGUCAUGGGCUACCUGUGGAAUCAGUACCAAAGUAAUAAACGACUUUCUUUGAGGCAAUUUGUUGAUAACACACUGCCACACAGAUAUACUAUGAAACAGCUUCAAGAUCUUGGUGUCCAUGAUGACGUUAUAGCRGUCACGUGUKGUAACGCAGAGUCGUUUCGUUUCAUUGGAUCGAACUUCUUCAGUGARGGGAUUUGUUCAUCUAAUCAGGGCGUUAGAAUGGAAGACGGAGGCUUGUUGUAUAUAGGACAAGAUGGCAGUAUUGGGCUUCAAGAAAUAGAAAAGGCUAUGCUGAGUACACCUGGGGUUGACGCUAAGUUACUACCAGAAGGCUGGAUAGCUAAUCAUUAUAAAUGGAUUGUCUGGAAACUCGCUUGUAUUGAAACGGCUUUCCCCCAAUGGCUCGCUACCAAGAGCCUUACCCCAGACCGGGUUCUCUGUCAACUCAAGUAUCGAUAUGACCGUGAGAUAGAUCGAUCUCACAGGUCGGCUUUGAAAAAAAUCUUAGAACGUGACGACAUUGGUGUUGAUACUGUGAUCCAGGUAACAGAUGGCUGGUACUCUAUCAAUGCUGUCUUAGAUGCACCUCUAACUGACCUCGUGACUAAAGGAAAGAUAUUCGUUGGUUUAAAGCUAUGUAUUAAUGGCGCUGAGUUGAUUGGYUCUGAGCAGGCUGUCUCACCUUUAGAGGCUCCAUCGACCCUUAUGUUACGAAUUAGCGCAAACUCUACCCGAAGAGCACGCUGGGACGCACGACUGGGAUUUCAAAGAUACUCGCACCCAUUCCCUUUACCACUGUCAUCACUUUUUCCUAAUGGUGGAUUGGUUGGCUGUGUAGAUAUUGUUGUUGGUAAACGUUACCCAAUUGAGUACAUGGAGAAGGUGACAGGCGGAGCAACAGUCUUCAGAAAUGCACGAGCAGAGGAACGUGAAGCUAAAAAGUUUGCGAAUAACCUAGAACGUUCCCGAGAGGCUGUGCUUGCUAGAGUACAGAAGGACUUCGAAUCAUGUGAAAACAAACCUCAGUGUGCAAAGAAAUCGCGACGAUCUUAUUCUCCUAGGGAUAUAUCAAAACUACGCGGCGGGAAGGAAUUGUACGAUGUAUGUAUGUCGGCGUCUGAUCCUAGCUUUAUCGAGGAAUGCCUCGAUAAUAAACAAAGAAGAACUCUCGAGGAUUACAGACGGUCAAURCAGGAUACCAGACGAGCAAAACUUGAAAAGAUGUUCCAGGAAGCGUGGGAAGAAGAUGAAAAUAAUAUCUCUAAAAGAACAGUUGUCCCAAUGCUGAAAGUACGGAUUGUUAACUACUUAAAUUGCGACAUGGAUAAAACAGAAGCCAUAUUAAGCGUUUGGAGACCUACCGAUGACGUCAUACAGUCACUGACCGAGGGAACGCGUUUGAGAAUAUACCACGURAUGGCAUCGGGUUCAAGAUAUCGCCAAGGAAUGCCAUCACUACAGCUUUCUUCAACGCGCAACACUUGUUACAAAGGCAUGGAUAGUGAUCCAAGUGUCUCGGAAGGCUUAUACACCAUAAGGAAGAUAACUAGUUUUGAUGACCUUCAAUCUGGAUGCUUUGCAUUGUACUCUGAAGUAGACGUAGUUGGUUGUGUGGUCCAUGUCGUUUCACACAACAAGUAAGACAAACCCCAUA